AUGGCCCUCCUCCUCGCCCUCUACGUCGUGCUAAUCAUCACCCUCACCGGCCUCGCCAUCUACCAACACCACACAAGCACCACCCUCUCCCUCCCCCUCUCCCCCACCCUCACAUUCCUCACCAUCCUCCUCCCCCUCCUCUCCCUCCUCACCACCUCCCUAUCCUUCUUCUCCUCCUCCCACCCCCGCAAACCCCUCCUCCCCCUUUUAUCCAACGCUCUCCAACUCCUCCUCACCAUCAUCUUGUCCACCCUGUUCGGCGCCACCCUCACAUCCCCCUAUCUCCCCUGCGCCCUCCAAACAACCUGGCGAUCCCUCUGGACAUCCCACUCCGCCACCCCCAUCCGCACGAUUCAAGACUCACUCUCCUGCUGCGGCUUCAAAUCAACCAAGGACAUGGCCUGGCCUUUUCCCUCGAGCGGCAACAACGGCGAUGUUUCCAGCUGCGAGAAGCAGUUCAACCGGCACACACCCUGCGCUGGACCGUGGGAAGACGCCCUGAACAAAACGACCGGGGUGGAGCUGGGUGUUGUUGUGGUAGCGGGGGUUGUUCAGCUUCUUUCACUGGUGGUGUUUAAAACACAGCGGAGGGGGGGGCAAGGGAAAAAGGUGUGGUUGGGGAGGGUGGUGGAGAUUUUUACUGGACAGGACGAUGAAGGGCAGGGGAGACGGCCGCUUUUGACGGGGGGGAGGGGUCACAGUGAGGAAGGGAGGUAUAUUGACAGGGGAGUGGAGGAGGAGGAGCAGGGUGGUCACGAAAAUGGCAAUGGCUAUGGAGGGACCUCGCGCUCAGCCCAGACACAAACACAACCAGACGAAAAUAACAGCCGUGGUGGACCAAGGGUCGAAGUCUCCCAUCAUGACCCCUGGGCUGGGGCGGAGAGGGUCUAA